AUUCGAUGUGGUAGAAAGCAAACAAAUGGUUGAACACGAUUCACCUCAGCAGUUUGAUAUGCUCGACGUUAUCCUCUAUUUCUUUUCUUUAGUGAACAAGCAGAGCCGUAUGAGCAGGCAGAGAUGAAUUUGAGGGAAAAAAUUCUAUGGAAUGAGGCUAUAUUUCUGCAUCUUCAGUAGUAGCUAUCUGUUAUGCUACUGUGAAUACCUGUUUUGGUAACCAUAUAACUGUCAAAACCCUAAACCCUGAAUCAAUGGGGUGGUCCAUUUUGGGGUGGCUACGGCCAAAGAAGGAAGAAGAAGAAGAAAUAUAUGACGAGUAUGGUACUCGAGAGCCCCUGUCAGAAGCGCAACGCAAAAGAUAUAUGAAGAGGUGGAAUACAUUUAAGCAGGAAACGAAGCGCCUUCCGCGCAACUACGGUGAAUUUGAGGGUGGUGACUAUAACGAGAAUCGCUUGUUCGACCACAAGGCAAGCCCUGCGCAGGAAGAGCUUGAAGAGAACAAAAAGCUAUGGGAGAAAAUAGGAGGCAGCAAAUUAGUCGAGUUCCUGGCAGAGUCUGAGGAACAGGGAGACCGAGAGUUGAAGAAGGUGUUGAAGGAGAACGAGCUUCCCUAUUGGCCUGAAGAUUAUAGCCUUUGGAAGGCGUUACCUAAAGUUCCGCAGCCUUUUAGUGGCCGUCCCCUGCCCAAAAAUGCAUAUCAGGAUGAUAGCGAGGCCAAAAACGUGUUCUGGGAUUUCAUGAAGCAGUAUCUCUUUGGAUUGUGGGUCUAUCGCCAGCGCCCUUAUCCAGCGGGGAAGCCCAUGAAUGUCGCCCAGGCGAUUGGGUCCACGUAUUUGGAUGCGCGCUAUUUGGAUUUUGCACAGAGGUAUGGUAGUUGGUACUACAAGGACCGUCUAGGGCGUACCAGGGGGCCUAUGGAACUAAUUACCCUUAGAACUGCAUUGGCUGGUGCUAUUGUUGAUAAGGAUACUUUUGUCUUGGGAGAUGACAUGGAUGAAUGGACACCGAUUGGUAUGGUAUAUGGCUUGGAAUCGGCAGUAAACACAUUUGAUGUCAAAUUAGCAGCAGCAGGAACAGCGUUAUGCCACAAACUGGGAAUGCGAUUGCCUUUGUGGCUCCCAUCUAAAGGCCGUGAAAUAAAGACAUUUAAACAGCUUCAGAAGGAAGGAAUUGAAAGCAAGGAGCGAGAAAAAGCUGCAAUGAGGCAGAAUUGUGGAGUCUUGCCAGGGCAAAUGAUUCCAAGCCAUACAUUGUUUCUUUGGGCCAGUGGUGCAGAGCUUACCCCACUCAUAGAAAGGGACACUAUGCCUAACAAAUAUGUUUCCUACCAGCAAAGGAAACUAAUGGCUAAAGUGUUUCCUGGAUUAAGACCCUGGGAAAUUCUAAAUAUGGAACAAAUUAUGGAUGAUGUCACAUAUGCUGGGUGGUACCGUGAACCACUUGGUUCUUACAAUACAGGUCCACCAUUUGCAGAGCGACAAAUGGAUAUGCCAACAAACUAUAUAUUUUAUCAUCUUCCAGAGGACAAAUUUUUCGAUGACCUUUCUUGGUUUUUUUACAACUCUGAAUUUUUGUACAAGCAAGUAAAACACAUUGUUGGAGGUAAAUAUCCAGAAAUAAAGGAAACCCUGCAAAGGAAGAAGAGGAGAGAGAAUGAGCUAAAAAGGCAGGCAAAGAAGGAAGCACUAAAGAUGGCGAAGAUACAGCUGGAGAAGGAAAAGGAAAAAAAUAAGGACAACGAAAAGUGAUGUGGAUUGUAAUAUUUAUUCUUAUAUACUGCAUUGAUUCUUAAAGAAAAGUUGGCUUUCUUCACAUCUUUGGAAAGAAAAGUUCAGAGGGUUACAGCAUGCCAUAUUUAUUGCAUUUAAAAAUUCAUUUUUAUUUUGUCAUAUGUGAUAUUUCACAGCAGUUCUUAUUCGUUAUUGCAUAUAUUCAGCUACAACAUGCCAUCUUGGCAUUUGCAAAUUUUGUCUUGUUUUUUUAAUGUUAUUUUUUAGCUCAUUUUUAUGCA